GAUGUCUGGAGCCCUUCACGACCCGGACCCGCCGAACAUCGCCUCCAUUCCCGGGGCAGCAGCGCAGCAGGAGCCGGAGGCAGCCAGCCUGAUAUGGCUGUGGACCGCGUUGGGGCUGGGGACUGGGCUCAUGCUGCUAAUGACCACGGUCCGGAGGCUCGUCUUGGGCUGCCGCUGGGACUGCCCGAACCCCUUCGCUGAGGACGUGAGGAGACCCCCCCGGGCGCUGGUGACUCUCCAGAAGGCCCGGAGGAGGGUCCUCAAACAAGCUUUCUCAGACGAGCGAGUACCAAACCAGCUGGAUGCCGUGGUGAUCGGGAGUGGCAUUGGGGGCCUGGCAGUAGCUGCUGUCCUAGCCAAAGCUGGGAAACGGGUCCUGGUGCUGGAGCAGCACACGACGGCAGGGGGCUGUUGUCAUACCUUUGGCCGGGAUGGCCUGGAGUUUGACACAGGAAUCCACUAUGUUGGGGAGUUGAAAAAGGGAAGCUUUUGCCGCUUCUUCCUGGACCAGAUCACAGAGGGGCAGCUGGAUUGGGCUUACCUGGGUUCCCCAUUUGACAUCAUGGUGUUGGAAGGACCCAACGGCAGAAGGGAGUUCCCCAUGUACUCUGGGGAGAAAGCCUAUGUUCAGGGCCUCAAGGAAAAGUUUCCUGAUGAAGAAGCCGCCAUAGACAAGUACAUGAAGAAGGUGAAGGAGGUAGCAAGAGGAUCCUCUCACAUGAUCCUGUUGAAGAUCCUCCCUUUGCCAGUGGUGAGGCUGCUGGACAGGUUGGGGGUGCUGGCCUUUUUCUCCCCUUUCUUGAGAGCAGCCACUCAGAGCUUGGCAGAGGUGCUCAACCAGCUGCCGGCUUCCCAGGAGCUCAAAGCUGUGCUCAGCUACAUCUGUCCCGCCUAUGGCAUGACCCCAAAGAACUCCAGCUUCUCUAUGCACGCCUUACUAACCCACCACUUCCUGGAUGGGGCAUUUUACCCUCUCGGAGGCUCUAGUGAAAUCGCUUUCCACCUCAUCCCUGUGAUUCAGCGGGCUGGGGGUGCGGUCCUUGCCAGGGCAACAGUGGAGAGCAUGCUGCUGGAUUCAGCUGGAAGAGCCUGUGGUGUCAGGGUGAAGAAGGACAAAGGGCUGGUGAACAUCCUUUCCCCCAUUGUGAUCUCCAAUGCGGGAAUAUUUAAUACCUAUGAGCGCUUAUUGCCUGAGAAAGCCCGCUGUUUACCAGGUAUACAGACCCAGCUGGGAAUGGCACACCAUGGCCUGUCUACACUCUGUGUCUACAUCUGCCUCCGUGGUUCCAGGAAAAAACUAGGCCUGGAAGCCAACAACUGUUACGUCUACUUUGACACAGAUGUCGACCAAGCGAUGGAGAGCUACCUGUCCCUACCCAGGGAGAAGGCUGUGGCACACAUUCCCUUUUUCUUCAUCACCUCAGCAUCAGCCAAAGACCCAACAUGGAAGGACAGGUUCCCAGACCAAUCCACACUGAUCAUGAUGCUGCCUGCCCGCUAUGAGUGGUUUGAAGAGUGGAAGGAAGAGCCCCAGGGCAAGAGGGGGCGAGAAUAUGAGGCCCUGAAGGACUCCUUCCUAGAUGCUUCUUUGUCUGUGUUGAUGAAACUGCACCCUCAGCUGGAGGGAAAGGUUCAUAAUGUAUCAGUCGGGAGUCCACUCAGCCAUCAGUUCUUCCUGGCUGCCCCCCGUGGACAGAACUAUGGGGUUGCCCAUGACCUGAACCGUCUCCAGCCCCAUGUCACGGCCACCAUGCGGGCCCAGAGCCCCAUCCCCAAUCUCUACCUUACAGGGCAGGACGUGUUCACCUGUGGUUUGUUUGGGGCCCUGCACGGGGCCCUGUUGUGCAGCAGCACCAUCCUGCAGAGGAACGUGCACCUGGACCUGCUGAGGCUCCGUUCCCGGGUCUCUGCUGCCCUGCCCAAGAAGAUCAAUUAGCACAGUCCAAGUGGCACAGCCUCAGUGGCAAGGAGCCCUGGGUCCCGGGUGGACCUGAGAGGUGGUGCCUUGAUGAUGCCACGGUUCUAAUGCAGAGCUGUCACUUCGAUAUCCAAGGCGAAGUCCAAGGAGGUUUUUUUUCUUUUAGAUGACGAUUGCCAAGUCAGGUCCUUGGUGAUCUUGGGGCAGGAAUGGCACUUCCCAGCAGUGUUUAAAAGGGGAUC